UGCUCUAUUUAUCCCACCUCAUACGUGCUUCUUCCAUGUCCUCUCAGCGCCUUUUCCAAUCUACCUCCCGACGACUCGUGCAGCUACAACAGCAAUUCAUUCAAAGAGUAACGUUCGUGACGAGCUCAAGAACGAUGGCGCAGGAAUUCAAGCUCAAGGACGUCACGUCAUUGGACUUGAAGAACGGUGACAAGAAAGAGGUGGAAGUUGAGGGUAUUGAGGGUGGCAAGGUGCUGCUAGUCAAGGUCAAGGGUCAGGUUCAUGCUACCAGCGCCAACUGCACGCAUUUUGGAGCUCCGUUGAAGAAUGGAAUCCUCACUCCAGAAGGCAGAUUAACUUGCGCGUGGCAUGGAGCUUGCUUCAGCGUCUCCACCGGAGAUGUCGAGGAUGCUCCCGCCCUAGACGCUCUUUCAAAGUAUGACCUCAUUGAGAAGGAUGGUGCUGUGUACGUCAAGAGUGACGAGGCUACAAUCAAGGCAAACCGGCGGGUGUUGAACAUCAAGUGCUCUGCAAAGAGCGAUGAGAAGGUCCUGGUGGUUGGAGGAGGCAGCGGCACCAUUGGAGCAGUCGAGGGUCUACGCGGCGGAGGCUUCACAGGACAUAUCACUGUCAUAUCGAAGGAGGGAUAUAGGCCAAUUGACCGGACCAAGCUCUCGAAAGCCUUGCUGGCCGAUGUCUCCAAAGCUGCCUGGCGAUCCCCCGAAUUCUACAAAGAUGCCUCCAUCGACAUACUCGAGGACGAGGUAACGAAGGUAGACUUUACGAGCAAGAAGGUCUCGACGACAUCGGGCAAAUCAUACGAUUACACAAAGUUGGUGUUGGCUACGGGAGGACAACCGAACUGGCUGCCUCUACCAGGCCUGAAGGGUGAUCUAGGCAAUGUCUUCGUUCUCCGUGCUAUCCCAGAUACCCAAGGUAUCGUGAAGGCUGUCGGAGAUAACGGUAAGAAGAUCGUUGUGAUCGGCAGCUCCUUCAUUGGUAUGGAGGUUGCCAAUUGCCUCGCCAGCCAGAAGAACGAUGUCACCGUCAUCGGCAUGGAAUCAGCACCCAUGGAGCGCGUCAUGGGCACGAAAGUCGGCAAAGUCUUCCAGGGCCUUCUCGAAAAGAACGGAGUCAAGUUCUACCUGAGCGCCUCCGUCGAAAAAGCCACCCCCUCCUCCACCGACUCCACCAAAGUCGGCGCCGUUCACCUCAAAGACGGCACGACUCUGGAAGCGGACCUCGUCAUCGAAGGCGUAGGCGUCAAGCCCGCCACCGCCUUCCUCAAAGACGUCCCCGGCCUCACCCUCGAGAAAGACGGCUCCCUCAAAACCGACGAAUCGUUCGCUGUCGAGGGACUAAAGGAUGUGUAUGCCAUCGGCGACAUCGCAACCUACCCCUACCACGGCCCCGGCGGCGACGGUAACCUAACACGCAUCGAGCACUGGAACGUCGCGCAGAACGCGGGCCGCAGCGUCGCGGCCUCGAUCAACAACCCCAGCUCCACGCCCAACGCAUUCAUCCCCGUCUUCUGGUCAGCUCUAGGAUCCCAGCUGCGGUACUGCGGAAACACGGUGGGUGGCUACGACGACGUGGUCAUUCAGGGAGACACGGAGAAGCCGGCGUUCGUGGCGUACUACACGAAGGGAGAGACGGUGGUGGCGGUGGCGAGUAUGGGGAAGGAUCCGUACAUGUCGCAGAGCGCGGAGCUGAUGCGGCGGGGGAAGAUGGCGGGGAAGAAGGAGCUUGAGGGCGGCGUGGAUAUCAUGGGGAUCGACGUUCCGGCUGAGAUCAAGAUCUGAGGGGUGGCAGGGAUGGGGGCGUGUUGGAGAUAGGGAAGGUCGGUAAUGAUGAAGUUAUGAGACAAAAUGAGAGAUGACUGAGGUGAUCGCCUACCUUUGUAUUAAUGUAAUGAGGGUUACAUUAGCAUCGCUCUGCUAGAUGCCAUGGGUGCCCUCAUAUCUUCCAUCGGCCACCAUGAGGAAGUAAUUCCUGGUAAAGCUAAAGCAUCAAGUCUAGACGACGGCGAGGAGACUCAGUGCAAGCUAGCUCGUCUCUGUUUCAUUGUUUCGGCGAGGGUGCGAUUCGCACUCCCAUUCUCCAACAUCAAGUCGUGACGCUGCGAAUCUAGCAUAUAGUAAUUUCAGUCUGUAGGCUUCUCUUUCAUUCGCAUUAUCCAGGGGACCUCCAACGCCAAUCCCAUUGCCACAU